AGCGCUUGGCUCGAGCUGUGGCUGCCGCGGCCCCCGGCAGCCUCUCCGUAGGUAACGACCGCGGCUGCCGCUCUCCCAGCGCUCCCCUCUGCCGCGACCACCGUCGCUCGCCAGCCCGGAUGCGGCGCGUAUGCACCAGGUCGGGAAGAGGCGGCUCGCCAAGUACCUCAGGAAGUACAUCAAGGAUUUCAACCCCGACCAGGUCUCCUCGCGCCUUUUGAGCGGAGAGAUUGAGCUCCGCGACCUGGAGCUGGAGGUUGCGCCGCUCAACGAGGCCCUGGCGGGCGCCCUCCCUUACACGCUCGAGCUGCAGGCUGCCUCCUGCAGCUCCGUGCGCGUGGAGGUGCCUUGGACGGCGCUGCGCGGGCGCCCCGUGUGCGUCAGCGUUGGCAGUUGUCGCGCCCGGGUCCAGGUGCACGGCCAGGACGACCCAGAGUGGGCGAGGACUGCGGCUCUGCGGUCGCGGGAGGCGCUCGCGGAGGCGACCGCCAAGACCGAGGGCAGGGCCGAGAAGGUCGACGGGGAGGAGCAUGCCCGGCGGACCAACAGGUUGUCGGACACGAGGAUCGUGAUCACGGACGGCCUGGUUGUGACACUCGAGUCACUCGAGCUCGUCGUCGUCUCCGCCAAGCCCACACACCGACCUGGCGGUAGCGAGGGGCUCGGCAGCGCCUCGCCGCUGUCCGAGCCGCCCACGCAGCCAGCCCCGCUGCCUGUCUGGGAGAUCCUGGCUUGCGACCUGGCAUUCGGACCACGCGCCUGUCCUGGCAGCCGAAUCAGCCGACGCCCUGGUGCCGCCCGGGAGCAGACGCCUACAUGGACGACGGUGCGCAGGCAGCUGACCAUCGGCUCAGUGGAGGUUCGUUCCAUGCCCAACCGCGCGUCGUCCUCGACUCCCCCCUGCCACCAGGAAAGCGCCUCGGUCUCCACCAGCGGCGUCGUCGUGGAACUGCUGGAGUGGCACGACGUCGGGCACCUGCUUGGCAGCGGGUCGCCGAGCAUCAGCGAAUUCCCCCGCGAGGUGCGUGCGGACGUGCACGUGCCGAGCGCAGAGGUCCGUUGCAGCCAGGCACAGCUCGCCGCCCUCGCCGCGCUCGGCCUGGACGCCGCCGCGCCGCCGCAGGUUCCUGUAGAGGCGCUGCCCCCGGACGCAGUCCACCUCCACGGCGGUCAUCCCAGUCUUGCCGAGGCCGUGGAGGAAGCUCGGGCGCGACGCGCUGCCAAGAAGCGCUCGAUGUGGGCCACCCAGGCGACGGGCACGGCGUCGCUAUCGCCGGAGCAGCUCAAGGAGAGCGCCUCGGCCAUGGCGCAGCGAGCUGCCGUAAGUGCCAUGAGCACCGCAAAGAGAAGUGGCGUCAUGGCGACGCAGGGCGCCAGUGCGGCCAAGGUGAUGGCGGCGCAGGGCGUGACGAGGGCCGCUACCGCUGCGACAGGUGCACGAGCCAGCGCUUCGGCCGCCGCCACCAGGGCUGCUGCAGGCGCGGCCGUGGCGAGGCAGAAAGUCUCGCUGGGCGGCACGAUGGCCGCAAGGGCGGCGGCAGCUGCGCGACAAGCCGCCGAGCGGAAGGCGAGCGUGCUCAGAGGCAGCAAGAGUGCUGGACCGCAGCCAUGCCAUCCCUUUCUCGACGACGACGCGGCGCUGCAGGCCGCGCUGGCCCUCAGCGCGGAGGAGGCCGACGCAGCCGCAGCCGCAGAGGAGAUAGCCGCGGAGGACGAGAGGUCCGAGCACGGGGACGGCGCCGCGCCCGCCUCCCGCGAAGGCGGCCAGUGCAGCUCCGGGAGCUCCGACGAGCAGGACGCUUGGGCCGAGGCUUUGGCGAGCAGGAUGGGGGGGGAGGACGACGCCGCCUCCACGGUGGGGGACGACGCCGCGGCGGACGACUUCGGGCGCCGUGGGCGCCCGCUGGAGCCCGCCGCGCGCUUGUCCACACAUGCGGGAACUGGGCCCUCGCCAAUGACGCGCCGCGCCGCCGUGCACCUGUGCAUAGCCUCCGCCAAAGUGGAGCUCGCAGUGCCAGUUGGCGGCUCUUCGGCCUCGCUGCUGCUCUGCGCCCGAGCGCUCGACGCGUCGCUGGAGGGCACGCGCCGCCUCACGGCUCCGGAGGCGCGCUGUUUGGAAAGCCUCGGCCUGGCUUCGCCGAGGGACGUCAAGGACUGCGAGGACUGCUCGAGGGCUCCGUUUGGCACCAGCGGCUCUGCUGGAGUGUGGAUAACGUUGGGCAGCGCCGAUCUGAGCUUCGCGGGCGGGGAGGAUCUCGAGGGCGGCACGGACGAGGCGGGAGGGCCAAGCGGCCGUCGCGCGCCAGAUCCCAGGCCCGUGUUCUGGACGGAGACCGGCGGAAGUACCGCGUGGCUGCUCACUGCGAGGGCGUCGAGUCGCGCAGGCCUGGACGGGAAACCUGUGCUGCGGGCAUGCGUUCACGGUGCGCGGGCGGCGCCGCGAUUGGAGGUAGUUCGAGCACUUGAAUCGUUGGUGAGAGCGCUGAGGGCGCUGCCCCCUGCGAGAGAUGAUGGAUCUGACCCUGUCAAGCACAGCAGUGGCCAGGCAAUGCAGUGGCCGGCUGGCCUCCCGAAGCUGGUGCCCACCAUUUGCGUGACUUGCCGCAACACCGUGCUAGACCUGGGCCCGGUCUCGCCGCUGGAGCCGCUCCGGGUGCUCCUGCCCGCCGCCUUCGCUUCGGUGCUGGACCCCGCGGACGGAGGCGAGCCCGAAGCGCCCGAGGGCCUGGACGUUGCGUCAGUGCCGCUCUGGCACGCCCCGGCGCCACAGGCUAGGGACGCCGUGCCCGCGCCAGACUUCCACCUCUACAGCUGCACGUGCGGCAGCAUCGGCCCUGGCGCCGAGGCUCCCGCGGGCGCCGCGGCCGGGCAGGUGGUGGCCGAGCAGCAGUGGCGGGCGACCGCCGCCGCGGGGCUCCCAGAGGUGGUCCUCCCCGCGGAGGAGCUCGCCGCGCUCUCGCGGGCCCGGGCCGAGGCGCUGGGGCAGGAGGCGCGGUGGGCGGAGCUCUCGCAGGCGCGGCCCCCGGGCGCCCGCGCGGCCUUCGUAGGCCGCGAGGCGGCCCGCCGCAUCCCCAUGGUGCGGGAGUUGCUGGAUGAGGCGGGCGGCGCCGCGUCCUGCGGGCCGCUGCGGGCCCAGCUGGAGGCCCUGCGCGCGGAGGUGGCCGACCUCCAGGAGGAGUGGCCCGAGCACGAGGAGAGGUUGCGCGUCUGCGAGCGCGAGACGGCGUCCAUGGUGGCCAAGGUGCGCGCGGGGCACGCGGCCCGCGACCUCGAGCUCCGGCGCCAGCUGGACUCCGAGCGUGCCGUCACCCAGGCUCGGAGGUUGCUGAAGGCGCUCUCCGAGCUCGUGGGCUGGCAGGAGGCCGCCAUCGCCAAGCUGCUGGCCGCGCGCGAGGCGCGCGGUGAGGCGCGCGGCGGCCCCGGCCCCACUUGAGGCGCAUGGGGUCGCGCAGUGGCCACCCACCAGCAGCA